AUGGUGUCCCCUGGUGGGCCUGUCGAAGAUAUGAAGCCUGAUACGGCGCAGGAGGAGGAGAAUAGCGAUACCUUGAAAUAUCAAUUACUCGGGCCCUCUUUAACCAAAGCGGGUCAAGAUGCGGUUGAUCAGCAAAUGGUUUCUGAAAUUAUUUACAAAGCAUCCAAAGGCUCCAAAUUUUUCAACCAUGAGCAAGACCGCGAUCGAAACCUAACCGUCAAGAUUGAGCGGAUCCUUAAAAGAAAAGCUCAUCUUGAAACCUUGGAUCUCAGUCAUGACUUGCGACGAGCAGAUGAAUACCUGGCUGAGUUGGAAUUGACUCGAGAUCUCUCUCAGUACGUGAUUCAUGUCGACUGCGAUGCAUUCUUCGCCGCCGUUGAGGAACUGGACCGGCCUGAAUUGAAAACGGUUCCCAUGGCCGUAGGUAAAGGCGUUCUAACCACUUGUAAUUAUCUGGCGCGCAAAUUUGGAGUGCGCAGCGGAAUGGCGUCUUUUGUGGCCAAGAAGCUCUGCCCUCAACUGGUUCUCCUUCCAAUGAACUAUGACAAAUAUACGGCGAAGGCCAAGGAGAUCCGCGAGAUUCUGGCACAGUACGAUCCUCUAUUUGAGAGUGCCAGCAUCGAUGAGGCUUACUUGAACAUCACUGCCUACUGUGCCGAAAACGAGCUGGAUCCGGAAGAAGCUGUCCAACGAAUGCGCGCUCAAAUCCUGCAGACUACCAAGGUGUCUGUAUCGGCCGGGAUUGCCGCAAAUGCUAAAAUAGCAAAGAUUUCAUCUAAUAAAAACAAGCCCAACGGCCAAUUCCAGGUUCCGAAUGAUCGAGCUGCUAUUAUGGAGUUCAUGCGAGAAUUGCCCGUGCGCAAGGUCAAUGGAGUGGGCCGUGUCUUUGAACGAGAACUAGGCUCCAUUGGCAUUGAAACCUGCGGCGAUAUCUAUCCACACCGCGCCCUCUUGACCAGGUUAUUUGGUGAAAAGGCGUUUCAAUUCCUGGCCCAGUGUUACCUGGGUCUGGGCCGAACAAAGAUCGAGCCGGUUGAGACCCACGAGCGAAAAAGCGUGGGAACUGAGACCACCUUUCACGAAAUUGGGGACAAGGACGAGAUUCGUGCCAAACUAGACUGGGUUUCACGGGAACUGGAAGGCGAUCUGGCACGCACACAAUUCAAGGGUCGAACGCUGGUUCUCAAAGUGAAAUUGCACACGUUUGAGGUAUUGACUCGCCAAACUGCUCCAUCGAGGGCUGUCUCCCAGGCGAAAGACCUGUAUGAUUUCGCACUGCCCAUGCUAGCUAAAUUAGAGAAAGAAAUCCCUGGAAUGAAGUUGCGAUUGCUUGGUCUGCGUUGCACGAAUCUGGUUAGCACCAAAAAGGCUGGUAUCAACUUCUUUGGUGCCGCAGCUGUGCAGACCAGGCCUACCUCAACAGAAAACCCCGGCUUUAAGGCUGCUGAUCAUGAAAUUACGGCCGAGGAGGCUUUUGAGGAUGCCGCUCGCCAGGAAAUCCAGGACGAAAUGAACGAUUUGGAGCAGCUCAGUCAAGAAGCAGUCAAUAUGCCUGAUACUGCCGUACCGACUGGAACUGAUCCCUCACCAGCCCAGUGGAAUUGCCCCAUAUGCGGCCGAGCUCAAGUGGCCGAUGACCGCGUCUUUAAUGAGCACAUGGACUUCUGUCUCUCCCGACAGACCAUUCGUGAAGCCAUUCAGGACACUUCCGAUGCCCCAGAAGGGUCAACUGUUCAUUCAAAUCGGAAGCGGAGACCAACAUCCCAGCCAUCUUCAUCUGACGUUGACCCCAGGCAGAAACGUCUUUUCUUUCGCUAA